AUGGAGGUUAUAAACUCCAAUUCUUAUCAUCAUUUAUCACCACCAAAACCUUAUAGAUCCGCCUGUAAAUUACAGAAACGAUCUUCACCAUCCAAGUUGAUUCGAUUCUUAUCUUUAACCCGAAGUUUCCGAACCAUGUCUCUCGUUGAAAAGGCCAAGAAGGCCGCCGCUUACAAAGCCGUUGAUGAUAAUUUCCCAAAAUCCGCCAAAGUUAUUGGUGUUGGAUCCGGUCUGACCGUUGUUUACGUGGCUGAAAGAUUGGGACAAUUACCACAAAAGAACGACUUUGUGUGUAUUCCUACUGGGUUCCAAUCCAAGCAACUUAUCAUCGAUAAUGGCUUACAAUUGGGAUCCAUUGAACAAUUUCCUCAAGUUGACGUUGCCUUUGAUGGUGCUGAUGAAGUAGACCCAUCUUUAAACUUGAUUAAAGGUGGUGGUGCUUGUUUAUUCCAAGAAAAACUCGUUGCCUCUGCAGCCAAGACCUUUGUGGUGGUUGCCGAUUAUCGUAAGCAAUCCCCAACCAAAUUGGGUAACAAAUGGAGACAAGGAGUCCCCAUCGAAGUGGUACCUAACUCCUACGUCACCGUGACAUCUGAGUUGAAGAAGUUGGGUGCUGUGGCCGUUAACUUGAGACAAGGUGGUCUGGCCAAGGCCGGCCCCGUGGUCACUGAUAACAACAAUUUCUUGAUCGAUGCUGACUUUGGUGAAAUUGAAGACCCAAUCAAGUUGCAUACCCAAAUCAAGCUUUUGGUUGGUGUGGUUGAAACCGGUUUGUUCACCGGUAUGGCCAAGGUUGCAUACUUUGGUGAGGAGAAUGGUGAAGUUGCUACUCAACAGUAG